UCCAAAAUGAGUCAUCCCAUGAUUUCAAGUUUAUGCUUUCUAUUACCUCUAAUAAUCCUUCUUCUCCCUAGCCUCAUCUCGGCCGACCAAAACACCAUUUCACAGGCAUGCGAGCAAGCCACACCCAAGGAUUUUUGUGUCUCUUUUCUUCAGGCUAGUCCCGAGAGCCAAAAUUCAGACAUAAAAGGUCUUGCCUUCCUCGCACUCAAGCUUGCAAACCAAAAUGCGACCGACGAGUCGGCCCAGAUCAGGGAAUACCUUCGUCGUCAAGGGAAUACGGACCCGGCCGUGCAGCAAGCCAUCAGUGACUGCGGCGUGCAGUACCUGGACGCCACCAAUCAGAUUGACAACGCGGUCCUUGCAUUGAGUGUGGGUGCAUAUAGCGACGUGGACAGGUGGGUGAAGGCUGCCAUUACUGAUAUUGACGUUUGUGAGGAUGGGAUCCAGAAACAGACCAGUGGCCGUGCCGUGGAGGUGUCUCAGAAAAACAUUUUUGUCCGCCAGUUGUUCAACAUGGCUCUCAGCGUCGCCCAUGUUUACGCUCAAAAGUGAUCAUGUCCAUUUACAUACGUAUUUCUAUUUCAUGUAAUAACCUUAUUAUUUUGAGUUAGUUGUUAUUUUCUAUUAUUAAAAAAAGAAUAAUAAAAUAAUUAG